AUGACGAAGGAUGUUGAGUCCAAGUACAGUAUCCUCCUCCCCACCUAUAAUGAAAAGGAUAAUCUGCCCAUUAUAAUAUGGCUGAUCAUGAAAUAUAUGACAGCAAGUGGCUAUCAAUUCGAGGUUAUCAUCAUUGAUGACAAUAGUCCCGAUGGCACUUUGGAGGUGGCCAAGGAUUUGCAAAAAAUCUAUGGUGAAGACAAGAUAUUGCUGAGGCCACGUAAGGGUAAAUUGGGUUUGGGCACAGCCUAUAUACAUGGCAUUGAACAUGCCACCGGUAACUUUAUUAUUAUUAUGGAUGCGGAUUUGAGUCAUCAUCCUAAAUUUAUUCCCCAAUUCAUUGAAUUGCAAAAGAAACAUGACUAUGACAUAGUGUCGGGUACUCGCUACAUGGGUGACGGAGGUGUCUUUGGAUGGGAUUUCAAACGCAAGUUAAUAUCAAGAGGUGCCAACUUCUUGUCCCAAUUACUGCUGCGUCCGAGGGCUUCCGAUUUAACAGGAUCAUUCCGUUUGUAUAAGAAACGGGCGCUGGAAAAGUGCAUUGCCAGUUGCGUCUCCAAAGGUUAUGUCUUUCAAAUGGAAAUGUUAGUGCGUGCCCGUCAAUUGAACUAUACAAUUGGUGAAGUGCCUAUAACAUUCGUUGACCGCGUCUAUGGUGAAUCGAAAUUGGGUGGAACGGAGAUAAUUCAAUUUGCCAAGAAUUUGUUGUAUUUAUUUGCCACGACGUAAGGCACGACG